GAUCACCUUACCAUAGUUCCACUAUACCACUAACUAGAGGUGGGGGAAGAGAGUUGAACACUACCUAUGAGCAGGCAAUAGAAACCAAGUGGAUUACCCAACUAAUCCAUCAUCAGUCUUGAUCACAGCUGCUGACAUCCCACUUCUCCCGGAGACACCGUGUGCUCCUCUGCUGGUCUCCAGAAACAGCCCAGCAUUAACUUCCACCCAGUCCAAGACAGCAGGAGCUCACAACACAGGCUGCGCCUCAAACUGUCAGCUGGGUUUGCUUCUGGAGGUUGUCUACUGCCUUCUCUGGGAUGCCUGAAAACACUAGAUUUUCUCUCAUGCCGUGGGUCCUGGAGAUCAAUAACAGAAAAUAAGUCAGCUAAGCAUGGAACUGCAGGUACCAAAUGGUAAUCAUCACGACGCUGCUGUCUUUCUGGAGGGAGGAACAUCAUCGCAGGAAGAGAAGUUCUUGCAGCAGAAGGAUGGUUGUUCAAAGAGAGCCCAGUUCACAGAUUUCGAGGGUAAAACUUCCUUUGGGAUGUCUGUUUUUAACCUGAGCAAUGCUAUCAUGGGCAGUGGCAUCCUAGGAUUGUCAUAUGCCAUGUCAAACACAGGCAUGAUCCUUUUCAUGAUCUUGCUGACAUGUAUCGCCUUGCUGUCCUGUUAUUCCAUCCAUCUCCUGCUAAGCAGUGCUGGGGUUGUUGGUAUCCGCGCUUAUGAGCAGCUUGGCCUGAGAGCUUUUGGUCAUCCAGGAAAGAUUUUAGCAGCUGUGGCCAUAACACUGCAUAACAUAGGAGCCAUGUCCAGCUACUUGUUCAUAGUAAAAUAUGAAUUACCACUAGUCAUCCAAGCCUUUCUUGGCCAGACGUCCAGCUCUGAUGACUGGUUCAUGAAUGGAAAUUACCUGAUUAUCAUCGUCACUGUCUGCAUCAUCCUGCCACUGGCCAUGAUGAAGCAUCUGGGGUAUCUUGGUUAUACAAGUGGCUUUUCUCUCUCCUGCAUGGUCUUUUUCCUCUCUGUGGUCAUCUAUAAGAGAUUUAACAUUUCUUGUCCUCUGGAAGCAUUUGGAAACUAUUCUGUGAAAACAGUUGUCCCAGAAGACGCAUGUACUGCCAAAUUCUUCACCAUCAACCAAGAGACAGCAUAUACCAUCCCUAUACUGGCAUUUGCUUUUGUAUGUCACCCUGAAGUGCUUCCAAUCUACACUGAACUGAGCAACCCAACAAAGAGGAGAAUGCAGAAUAUUGGCAAUGUUUCCAUCUUUGGCAUGUUCACCAUGUACUUCUUCACUGCCAUAUUUGGCUAUCUGACCUUCUACGAGAACACUGAAGCUGAGCUCCUCCAUACCUACAGUAAGGGUGAUCCCCUAGACGUUCUGAUCCUGUGUGUUCGGCUCGCUGUCCUGGUGGCCGUUACUCUGACUGUUCCUGUGGUCUUGUUUCCUAUCCGUCGUGCCCUCUUGCAGCUCCUGUUUCCAGGGAAACCCUUCUGCUGGGUGCGUCACGUCAUCAUCGCGGUGUGUUUGCUGUUUUCUGUCAACUGCCUGGUCAUCCUCGUCCCCAACAUUCGAGACAUUUUUGGAAUUACUGGUGCAACCACUGCUCCCACUCUGAUAUUCAUCCUUCCUGGGCUGUUUUACAUUCGCAUCAUCCCUACCAACCAGGAGCCCAUGAACUCCAGACCAAAGAUCCUGGCUGCGUGUUUCUCUGCAUUGGGUUUCAUAUUCAUUACCAUGAGCCUGACGUUCAUCGGACUUGACUGGAUAAGUGGAGAAAAGCGAAGUCUCGGGGGCCAUUAAAGUGCAUCUCCUCAGGCUUAAAGCAGCUGCCCACUGCUGAAUCUCUCCUCCAAUGAGAAGCAAAAUUCGACCUUCUGCUGAAAGUCCCAGGCUUUGGUGGGACUGUUUCCAUUAAUCACGAGGAGGGACAAGGAGCCAAGUCAUCUCUCUCUCUGUUCUACACAAAGAACUGGCCAACAUGGAGCAGACCACGGAGCUCUGUAACUACCAAACGCUAUGCGUGAUGACAGAGCUUGGCUAGUGUUUAAUAACAGCAAUAUUAAAAACAAAUAAAGCAAAUAUCUGAAUGCAAAAAGUUUAACUAAGCAAUGUUUGAUGGGGCCAAUUUAUUAUGUUGUUAUUAAAAGGCUAUUAAAAUAACUUCCAUCAUGGUGCUGUACAGUAUGAGGUGUCCAAACAGUUGCUUUGUGAUAAUUCACUACAUUUGAUGAACUGUAUAUUCUGUAUUGUAACUGAUCAGUAAAUGUGUAACUGUGAGCCAAGUAAUUAAACAAAACUCAUUUGUGAAUGUAUUCUUGAGCCAUUAUUAUUAUUGAAUAAAAAUUCAUUAGCAAAA